CCAACCCCCAUCCGUGGAAAAAUUGUCUUCCACGAAACUGGUCCCUGGUGCCAAAUAUAGAUUGGGGACCGCUGCCUUAUAGUGUUACGCCCAGAGAACACUGGGAUUCCUUCAAAGAGAAUUGGAACCAAAGAGAGGGGGAGAAUCAUCUUAUCCUUGAUGUCAUGUGGCCUGUGUUUUGGACCGUGGUUCGUACCUAUGCUCCUUAUGUCACAUUCCCUGUUGCCUUCGUGGUCGGGGCUGUGGGCUACCACCUGGAAUGGUUCAUCAGGGGAAAGGACCCCCAGCCCGUGGAGGAGGAAAAGAGCAUCUCAGAGCGCCGGGAGGAUCGCAAGCUGGAUGAGCUUCUAGGCAAGGACCACACGCAGGUGGUGAGCCUUAAGGACAAGCUAGAAUUUGCCCCGAAAGCUGUGCUGAACAGAAACCGCCCAGAGAAGAAUUAAUGGAGGACACAGGGCCCUAUGGUCCUACCGUGGGUGGUGACUUGUCCUGCUACCAUGUUGACAGAGCCCCAGAACCCACAUCUGAUUGGCUUUGUUGCUUAUUCUGGCCCCUCCCACACCACACAGCCACACAAAUACUGGCUGGUCCUUGAUGGCCAGGCAGACCCAGCAGCAGCCGAGGGGCCAUUGAAGAGGAAGGCCGCAUCUGUUGUGUGGUGGCCACAAGCACUCAGGCAUCUGAGUUUACUGGUGCACUGCUGGGAGGAGGGUUAUGAGAUGAACGUUGGCUGUCAAUCUCUGUGGGCAGGCGGUUUGGCCUCUAGUGGGAAUGGCUGGGAUUUGGGCGUUGCCUUUAGGAGGGACACCUGCAUGUCUAGUUCCAGUCUGCACUGGAAAGAAUUCAAAUAUGCACCUGGCUCCCUUCACUAUUUUGCCCUAUCCUUUGUGCUCAUUCUUACUGAAAUCUGUCUUGUCAGCUCAGGAAUGGGAUUCCCCUGGGAAGGAAAGCAUUUUUCUGUUCUGGGAAGCCCAGACUGUUCACUUUGGGGCAGGGACGAACAUGUGCCUCGUGAAUUUGCUUGAAAACAGUCACCAUCUUCUACCCCCAUCACUGUAUAGUGAAAAACCUGAUUAAAGUGGUAUCUGAGAACCAUAA